GUAAAUAUAGUUUCGCUAUAAUUAGUGCAACAUUCUCUCUCCUUGUUGGCCUUCUGGGUUUGUUUUUCUUGAUGCUUUCGCACUUGUUUGAUUCUCAAGUUUUGACUUUUCAUGCAAACGUCUAGACUGAAUUCAGCUUGCGUUUACUAGGUCACUUUUUGUUCUUUUUUGUAAUUACUGAUUUGUGCUGAUAGUAAGGAUGGCUAUUAAGAGUAAUGAAUUGAUACCGAGUUCUUCGCCAGAAGAAUUGAAGAAAGUUCUUCAAGCUGUAGCUUCUGAGUGGGGAGAUGUUAUUGAAGAUAUGGAUGCUCUGCACGUUACCCCUUUGAAAGGUGCUAUGACUAAUGAGGUUUAUCAGAUUCAUUGGCCUGCAAAGAAUGGUGGUCUUGUUAGAAAAGUUCUAGUUAGGGUUUAUGGAGAAGGGGUGGAGAUCUUUUUCAAUAGGGAUGAUGAAAUUAAGACUUUUGAAUGCAUGUCUAGGCAUGGACAGGGACCACGGCUUCUUGGGCAGUUUGCUGAUGGAAGAAUUGAGGAGUUCAUCCAUGCAAGGACAUUAUCAGCUGCUGACCUUCGUGAUCCUGAAGUAUCUGCUCUGAUAGCAGCUAAGAUGAGAGAGUUCCACAAUCUUGAUAUGCCUGGUCUGAAAGAUGUACUUCUCUGGGACAGACUGAGAAACUGGCUAAAUAAGGCUGAAAGUUUGUGCUCCACCAAAGAUGCAAAGGAAUUCCAUUUGGAUGCUUUGGAAGAGGAAAUCCAUAUGCUAGAGCGAGAGUUGCCUCAGCCCAACCAAGAGAUUGGAUUUUGUCAUAAUGAUCUUCAAUAUGGCAACAUAAUGAUAGAUGAAGAGACGAAGGCAAUCACUAUAAUUGAUUAUGAGUAUGCAAGCUUCAAUCCAGUCGCAUAUGACCUUGCGAACCACUUCUGUGAAAUGGCAGCAAAUUAUCAUACUGACACACCUCAUAUUUUAGACUACAGUAAAUACCCAGGACUGGAGGAGCGUCAAAGAUUUAUCCGUGUAUAUCUGCGCUCCGCAGGCAGGCAACCCAGUGAAAGUGAAGUGGAUGAGCUAGUGAAUGAUGCAGAGAAGUAUACUCUUGCAAACCAUGUCUUUUGGGGCUUAUGGGGAAUCAUUUCAGCUUAUGUGAACAAAAUCAACUUUGACUACAUGGAUUAUGCAAGGCAAAGAUUUCAGCAGUACUGGUCCAGAAAGCCAAGCCUCUUGCGCUCCUCAACCAUACCAAAUCGGAACUGCAUAAAUGGUCAUGUAAUAUCAGCCAAAAGCAGUAUGCCUUAAUGACGCUGAAAUCUCCCUGUAUAUAAAUAUAUGCUUGCAUUUUUUUAACCUUUAGUAUGCAAACUUCACCAUGUAUUAGCCAUGGCCAGUAUAAACAUGAGAGAAGUUCAAUAGUA